AGGUGGGCGUGUGCCCCUAGUUUAAUUCUUUGCUUUGGUUCUGGUGUUUUUUGUCUAUUAGGAAAUAGACCCUUGUGAAGGUUUGAGAAGGAGCGAGACUGCUGGGAACUACAGGUAAAGCUCAGCCGCCUUAGAAAACACAUGGAUUCACAAGAGCAAAAACAAGCUCAGCCCUUUACAGACAUCUUUGAUGAAGAUGAAGCUGAAAGAUCUUUUCUGUUGUCCAAGCCCACUUGCUUAAUUGUCUUUGGAAAGCCAGGUUCUGGAAAGAAAACGUUAGCUAGAAAACUAGCACAGAGAUGGAACUGCAUUUUCAUAGAAGCUUCAGAAGUAAUUCGAAUGAAUAUUCAACAAGGAACAGAAUAUGGACUUAAGUGUCAAGAAUUGCUUUGUAAAGGUGAAAGUAUUCCUGAGGAAGUGGUGACAGAAAUGAUUCUGCAAAAGAUUGAGUCACCAGAAGUUGCUCAUUUUGGUUAUGUUCUCACUGGAUUUCCUUUUCUCUCGGAGAAAUGCAUGACUGUUCCACAACAAAUAGAGAAAAUAACAAAUCUAAAAUUAAAACCGGAUAUCCUGAUUAACAUUAAGUGUCCAGAUUAUGAGUUAUGCCAAAGAAUUUCAGGACAAAGGCAAAAUCCUGAUUCAGGGGAGAUAUAUCAGAGGAGCCAGUGGGAUCCUGAAGUUAUUGACAAGCAUAAGAAAGAGAAAGAUCAGGAUGAAGAAGAGGAUGAAGAAGAAGAUGAAGACCAGGAUGAAGAAGAAGAAGAAGGAGAAGAAGAAACUGGAGAAGGUCCACGUAAGAAAUUAGAAUCUUUUCAUCAGUUAGUGCAGAGGCCUGAAGAUUUUCUUGAAAAUGCAGAGAAAAGAAUUGGAAUGUACAAGGAUAUAAUGCUUUCUCCUUUAGAAGAAUUUCUGGCUCACCAUGAUUGUCGCUAUCUUAUUGAGGUGGAUGGAAGUCAGGAAGCAGAUCAUGUCUUUGAGGCAGUGGCAGGCCGACUUGAGUCUAUGGAUGUUCAAAAUGCAGCUCCUAUAAUCAGACUUCAAAGUGAAGAAGAAGAAGAAACACUGGAGGGAAAGCAAAAUGAUGAACUUUUCCGGGCUCUGUCAUCUUGCAAGCUGAUAGCACCCAGGUACCGAUGGCGUAGGAGCAGGUGGGGACAAGUGUGUCCCGUGGCUCUAAAAGAAGGGGACAUUGUAAUGGGAAACCCAGAGUUUGCUGUGAGUUUUCUAGGUAAAAUGUACGUACUGUCAUCUGAAGAGGCAUUGAAAAAGUUUGUGUUGAAUCCACGGCCUUACCUCUUACCUCCAAUGCCAACUUGUCCUUGUAAAGUAUUUGUAUUUGGUCCUCCAUUCUCUGGAAGAACAACUAUUUGUAAUUUAAUUGCACACAAUUAUAAAGGAAAGGUUCUUGAUAUGGACAAACUCAUUCAACAAUAUAAAGAAUCACAAAAAAAACCCAGUGAGGAAUUGCAAUCAGAUGCAGUAGAAAAGGCUAUAGCAGCAGUGAAAAAUAGAUUGGAAUCAGAAGAACAAUCAGGAAUACCAGAGAUAACUGCAGACCACCCAGAAGUUCAAGUAAUGGUAGAAGAAGCCAUGACAAGUGCAUCAGUCUCUGAAGAUAUGUCACCACAAAUAUAUGCAGAAGUACUGAAGGGAGCUAUUGCAGAGCUUAUGAAGACGAACAAAGACAGGUUUCCCGGUGCUUCAAAAAGAGGAGGGUGGGUAGUGGAUAACUACCCUCUGUCAGCAGACCACUGGUCAGCUUUAUCAGAAGAAGGACUUCUACCUGACACUGUUGUCUGUCUGAAGGAUACAGAAAAAGAUGGAGCCUGUAUACUACGCAGAGCAUACCUAGCAAGUAGGAAUGGAAGUAAUUCUACGGUUUUGGAAAGACCAACAGAUGAAGCGUUAGAAAAUAAAGAAGAUGAUGCAAGAGAAGAAAUGGAAGAAACACUGACAUCAGAGGAAGAUCAGUCUCCAGCUGGUGCUGAGGAGAAAGGUGAAAAGGAUGGUAUUCCAGAUACAGAAGAAAUGAGAACAAUUAAAACGAAGAUUGACCUUUUCAUGAAUGACUGGAAAAAAGUGAAAUCAGAAAUCAAGAGCUCAUCUCAAGUUCAGGUUGUUCUUUUAGAGAUUUCUGAGCAAACACCAGAAAGUCUGCUUAAUCAAAUCGUGCUGGUUAUGGAAAAACCUUUUAAAUAUUAUGGCUGGGAAUUAUCUGAUGAAGACUUAGAGGAGGAAGCACAAGAUCUGAGUUCUUUAAAACAUUCAUAUUUUCAGGAUGAAGAAACAAUUAAGCAAAAGAAAAGGCACAUGGGAGACACAAAACACUUUUGUCCAGUCAGUCUGAAAGAGAACUUUGUCCUCUACCCUGGACUCCAGGAACAUGCAGCUAAAUAUAAAGAAAAGAUUUAUUACUUUUCAACUUCUGAGUACAGAGAUAAAUUUUUGAUGAACCCUGAGGAGUAUGUGGCUCACAGUAAACCACUACAAGCUCCUCCUUUACGGGUGUGUUUACUUGGGAUUCAUGGAGCAGGUAAAAGUACUUGUGCACGACAGAUAGCAGACAAAUUAGGCAUUUUCCAUAUUCAAUUUGAAGAAUAUCUACAGGAAUUGAUUUUACCCAAAACUAAAAGGAAAGUUGGGCCCUUUCUUGAUGAAGAUCAUGAAGAUGACUAUAAAAUACCAGAGGAACUGGAAGACUUCUCUCAGACCACAAAUAAAACUGAAAAAGAAAAAACUAAACAGGAAGUGAAAUUGACUGAUGAGGAAGAGGCAAUCAAAGCAAAUCUAGUGGAUAAUACGGAACUGCCUCCAGGAGUCCUCGAUAAGAUUGUUCCUGGCUGGUGGAAGGAAGAGCCAUUCCGGUCCACAGGCUUUAUACUGGAUGGCUUCCCUCGUACUGUAGAUGAAGCCAGAUAUUUGUCAGACCGAGGACUCUGUCCUGAUGUUGCAGUUUAUAUUGAAGUAGAGGAAGAUGACAUUCUUGUCCGUCUUCUUCCUCCACGUCUGAAAAAAUGGAAAGACAGACGGCGUAGAAAAAAGGAAUAUAAAAAGAAAUUGAAGGAACUAAAAGCAAAAUCAAGGAAUGAGAAGAUUGCCAGAAGAAGGGAAGAACUUUUAGCAGAGCAACAAAAAAAGAAGCAGGAGGCUUUAGCAAAUAAGGAUAAUGAUGAAGCUACUGAGGAGGACGAGGAAGAUGAAGAUAUUGAAGCUAUACUUGCAGAAGAGUUUUUAGAAGAAGAAGAAGAAGAACCAGAAGAGGAAGAAAAUGAAGAAAAUGCUGUUGAGCGCAUGGAAAAUGAAAUUUCAGGGAAGUUUGAAUCAGAAGUAGAAAGGUUACAAGUUGUUCAGGAAGAACUUGAAAGGUUUUUAAUACCACUAGUUGAGAUCAAUGGAGGUCGGAAGCCUCGCGUUGUGUGCUACCAAAUAUACAGCAAGCUGAAAUCUCUAGUGGAGAACCGGAGGAGCAUUUUUGAGAAAUGUUACCCAAUAAGUUUGCCACUUGCACAGAAGAUGCUAGUUUUCUCAUAUAAAUUACUAAGUUCUUUUGGUCAGUGGGAUCCAGUCAAG